AUGGAUUCACUCCCUCGACCAGAACUCGUUGAAUUCAAAGGAAGCUGGUCGACUCACUAUUACAUAGAAAACUGGGAAAACAUUCAAAACUUCCAGGCCAGGCCAGAUGAUGUACUCAUCGUAACAUACCCCAAAGCAGGAAGCACCUGGGUCUCCUACAUCCUUGACCUUCUGUAUUUUGGUCAGUCGACUCCUAAGAAUCCAAGAUUCCACCCCAUUCAAGCAAGAGUGCCGACCUUGGAGAUCUGCUUCCCUGAAUAUAGUGGUGGUGGUUCAACCACACAUAGAGGAACAGAGCAGUUGGACAAGGUCGUCACUUCUCCUCGACUCAUUAGGAGUCAUCUUCCAGUUGGCUCUGUGCCAAAAUCAUUCUUCGAGCAAAACUGCAAGAUAGUUUACGUGGCGCGCAAUGGGAAGGACAGUGUGGUGUCUUAUUUCCACUUUGAUCGCAUGACACGGAUCCAGCCAGAGCCUGGAGACUGGAACAGUUACCUGCACAGAUUCAUGGAGGGAAAGAUGGUGCACGGAUCCUGGUAUGACCAUGUGACCAGCUGGUGGGAGAAGAAACCAACAUAUUCAAACCUUCAUCUCAUGUUCUAUGAAGACCUGGUUGAGGAUACUGGACGGGAAAUAGAAAAACUCUGCAGCUUCCUCGGUUUGUCUCCAUCAGUCGAGGAGAUGGAAGUACUCAAAGGCACCGUCCAGUUUGAUAAUAUGAAACAAGACAGGGUGGUCGACCACUCAGGAUUUCCAUGGAUGGAUAACAAAAUUUCCCCUUUCAUCAGGAAAGGGAAAGUUGGUGACUGGAAGAACCACUUCACUGUGGCUCAGAAUGAAGAGUUUGAAGAAGACUACAAGAAAAAAAUGAAGAAUUCCACAGUGAAGUUUCGUACUGAGCCUGUGUCCGGCUGA